AUGGCAGAUGAUUUAAAAAUAUUGUGCCAAGAGUUAAAAUUUAUUAAAGAAUACUUAAGGAAAAUUGGUCCUGAGCGUAGAAAGGGUAACAUUUACAUUGUUAAGUUAAGCGAAGCAAAUAGUUUGUAUAGCCAAUAUUUAACAUUAAAUUCUUAUUUGCAAAAAGAAGUAAAUUGUGGUAAUGUUAGUGCUAGCGAUAGUGAAUUGAUUGUCGAUUACUCACAGCAAUUUCUUUCAUUGUAUAAAGAUAUUGUUAGAUACUCUUCAACGUCAUCCGAUUCGAAAGAAUUUAUUAGUAAUUCAGGUCAGACUAUAGAAACUAUAAACAUGGAAAAAUUUGAUUUUAAGGUUGCUCUGAGUUUGUUACCGGUUAUGAAUGACGACUUAUCUGUAACUAAACAAUUAAUAGAUUCCGUUGAAUAUUAUGAAACCACCCUUACUGCCGAUUCUAAGCCCCAAUUAAUAAAUUUUGUGUUAAAAAAUCGUUUAUCGCAAUCAGCAAAACUUAAAUUACAUCCAAGCUAUUCUAGUAUUUCAGACUUAAUUCAUGAUAUGAAAAAAGAGCUUUUGCCGAAAAAAUCUGCUACGGCCAUCCAAACACGAUUGCUGAAUUUUAAGCAGAAUGAGUUGACCAUCGAAGAAUACGGGGACGUUAUAAUUACCGAGGUAAUCAAUAUCGAGGGUACCGUGCCCAUCCACAGCACGGCGGUGGUAUGCGCAGAGGCCAACAACCAACGUGGCGUGGCACACAACGAGGUAGAUCAUGGCGUGGUAAUUCCCGCCCGUACCAGAAUAGAGGUAUGAAAAAUAAAAACAAUAGCUUAAACGCUGGGCAAAAUCAAAGUUAUGUAAACAUCAUCGAUCGAAAUAAUUCACAGUCCCAACCCACCCCAUCUGUUGAUAAUAAUAAUCAGUUUUUUCGUGAGUAAAGGUCAUAUAUUUUCAUGUAACAAUCAUUCGCGUUUAGUUCAAUUUACUUUUAACAAUUGUUUUGCAUCACAUUGUUUAAUUGACACCGGCGCAUCAAUUUCUGCGCUAGAAUCGAAACUUGUUUAUAAUUAUAACAUUCCAUUCCAUAAAGAGAAAUGUGAGUUUAGCGGAAUUGGAGGUAGUGUUGAAGCAAUUGGAUAUGUCUUUCUUAAUUUGGAAGUGCCCCAAGGAUCUUUUAAACAUAAAUUCUUUGUAUUUGAUACUCUACCUACUAAAGUUUCUGCUAUAAUUGGCGAUGACUUUUGCAAAAAGUAUGCGGCGGUAAUUGAUUAUGAAAACAAUUAUUUUUCAUUGAUUAAUUCAAAUAAUGAUCGAAUUUAUUUACCUACUUUUAGUAAUAUUAAUAAUGAGGUUUUGUAUAUUCCGUCGCGAUCGGAAUCUAUACAUUUUAUAAAUACUGAUAUGAAAGAUGAUUGUGUGGUAUGUUCGAAAGAGUUAUCGGAAGGUGUUUACUUAGCCAGUAUGUUAGUAAGUCCAAUUAGAGGGAAAAUACCGAUUCGAAUAAUAAAUACAACCGACAGAGAUUUUUGUUUGAGUGACGUAAGCCCUAACAUUUAUAGUACGAGUGAGUAUAAUAUAUGUAUGUUUGGAAAAUCGAAUAAGAAUUCGGAACGCGUAAAAAAAUUAUUUUCUGUUUUAAAAUUACACGAAUAUCUUAAGGGGGAAGAACAGGUAUCAAUCGAAAACAUAUGUGCGAAAUACUGUGAUAUCUUUUAUUUACCCGGAGACAGCUUGACUGUGACUGAUAUCUAUAAACAUACAAUUACAUUAAAACCCAAUGUAGAUCCAGUUUAUGUAAAACCAUACAGAUUA